AGCACUUUUGGACCUCUUCCCACGCUUUUUAAAACCCCAACCUUUAUACACAAAUCUUUCAUCCCCCAUGAUCCAUCUCACCUUUUCUCUAUCUGCCCAAUUCAAGUCAUUCUCACACACACAACUCUACCAAUGUCUAAAGCAACUGUAGUAAGAAAACAAGUUCUUGAGAAGAACAUUCUGGAGAAGAACAACAUUUUCAUCAAAGAAAAAGAGAAGCCAAGUAGCCAAGGCUUUUUCUCUAAACACCUCAAGAGAGUUUACCCAAUUGGCCUGCAUAGGAGCAAUUCUUCAUUAUCCCUUUCAUCAGUAUCUUUAUCUUUGUCACAGAACUCAAAUGACUCUUCUAUUACAGAUUAUUCCACUCCACUUGAACAGAAGAUAUCGUUAGCUCUUCGCCUAAUCACACCACCGGAAAGAAGAGAAGUCCCUGCUGUCUCUAAGAAUGUCCAUCAACAGCAGCAGCAGCAGCAGCAAAGUAAUCAGGAGUCUAAUGGUGGAGAGUUGAAGAGGUGCAACUGGAUUACAAAGAAUAGUGAUAAAGUCUAUGUCACCUUUCAUGAUGAAAGCUGGGGAGUUCCAGUCUACGACGAUAACCAAUUGUUCGAGCUGCUUGCCAUGUCUGGGAUGUUGAUGGACUACAAUUGGACUGAAAUUGUAAAAAGAAAAGAACUAUUCAGAGAAGCUUUUGCUGGAUUCGAUCCUAAUAUUGUUGCCAAAAUGGAAGAGAAAGAAAUCACAGAGAUAGCUUCCAACAAGGCGAUCAUGUUGGCUGAAAGCAGAGUAAGGUGCAUAAUAGACAAUGCCAAAUGCAUAGUGAAGAUUUCGAUGGAAUUUGGAUCAUUUAGCAGCUACAUGUGGGGGUAUAUGAAUUACAAACCAGUGAUCAACAGAUACAAAUAUCCAAGAAAUGUUCCACUAAGGUCUCCAAAAGCAGAGGCUAUCAGCAGGGAUCUUCUGAAAAGAGGGUUCCGGUUCGUCGGUCCGGUGAUAGUGUACUCAUUCAUGCAAGCAGCAGGAUUGACAAUUGAUCAUCUUGUGGAUUGUUUUAGGUAUGGUGAAUGUGUAAGCCUUGCAGAAAGACCAUGGAGGCACAUCUAAUACUACUGUUAUUUAUUUUUACUACCCAUAUGAAGUCUAUCAAGAAAGAGCUCACAAAAAGGGAUGUAAACACAAGUGAUGCCCUUCUUCUGCUGCUGCUGCUAAAAUAUAUAACCCUUCAUCCUGAUUCCUGAAGUUUGUGUAAGAAAAAAAUUGGAUAGGAAAGCAUAUGAUUGGACUUGUGUAUAGCUCCUUUUCUAUUGACAUUUGCCAGUGAUUUUGUUUAAUUAUUUAUUUAUUAUUAUUAAUUAUUGUUGUUAUGUUAUUCCCUUAUUCUGUUAUUAAUGAAUAAAAGAAAAAGCUUUUUAGUUUCUGUUGUGU